UUUGCCACAUUGCAGCUGUGGAGUGAAGCCUUUGUUUUUUAGGUUAAGCGGGGUUUUGUUUGUUUUGCAGUAUGGGGGGGGAAGAUGGACAAAUUAAUUUUUAAAGGCUGUUUUUUAAAAAAUGAAAGGUAGUUUACGUUGAUACAGUGUAGACUUAAAGUAGAUUUAAAAUCAGUAAGAAAUGUAGCAAGAUGCUUGAAAGUGGUAACUUUUAAGUGCCACUGUGCAACUAAUGUGGGUUGUAGAUGAGCGGCUUGCAUUUCUGGUUGCCUAACUGCAGGGAGAUAGAACCAGUGACUUCACUUAAACAGGGAUUAAUAAAAAGCCCCAACAGUGGUCGACAAGGAGUAGCAUCAGAAAACAAACCCCAGAUUGCAGAAACACAGGCAGCAGUUUAAAAGCGAACAUUUUAUACCUCAUUGAGUUACUAGAGGUCAGAGGCUUGGCAUGUCUUUAGACUGAAUUUCAUCUAAAUAAGUCUAGGAUCAUUUGAUUAGUUAGCAAGCCUUUGUGAGGCACUUACUAGGUACCUGGGAUCGAGCAACAUGCUUGCAAUGUAAAAUAAGCAAAAAGAAGGCCAGUCCCUGUCUCCAAAGAACUUCUAGUCUAAUAGGGAAGGCAAUACAUGAAAGAUGAGAGGAGCAUGUUGGAGAAGACCAGAAAAGUGCAGCCUGGGAAAUGAAAAGAUGGUCAGCCUGGUGUCCUCCUAAAAUGGAGGUCCAAUCAGAACUGGGAGAUGGAUGAGGUGUGAGGGCCAGGCCUGCAGUGAUCUUCCAGGAUGAAGAGGUUCUUGUGGCAUAAUCCAGUAGUCCAGAGGAGGGCAACCAGGUAGGAAAUGCGGAGAGGGUCAUGCAGUAACUCUGAAGAGGUCCAAUUUGGCUUACUUCUCUUUAGUCUGUGACAGCUGCAAAGUUUCGAGUUUGUACACAAUUGCUCCAAGUUCCUAGACCCAGGCAGAAGGGGGACUUUCUGCUUAACUUUACAACAGCAGAUUACAUAUUAUAGAUACGUCCAAUUUAUCCUGUAAGUGGAUUCACAUAAUUGUUUUAAUAUUGUCCCCCUCAUUAGACGGUGACCUCCUGGGGAGCAGGGACCAUGUUUGCCUUCCCUAGUCCUUAGCCCAAUGUAGUCACUUCAAAAGUGCUUCUUGAUCAGCUGGGAUGAGAAGCUGGAAAAAGAGCCAGCCACUUUGAGGAGCUUCCUUCAGCUUUGAUCCUCUAUAAUACCCAUGGAGACAAGGACUUGUCUUGGUAUCUCCUUUUUCUGCCACAGCUUUGAGGUGUGCACUCCAACCUUUCAAAUCCAAAUGAUGGGAAUCUCUUCUAAUUCUGAGAUAGGUCCUCCCUUUUAUACCAGACACUUAGGGCUGGACCCAGUCACAUUAGCUUUGAUCUCACAGAGGUACAUAUAGGUCCUGCUCACAUUCAGUUCUGCUUUUUCUUAAUAAAAUCUAAAAAUGUUUUCCCUGUCAAGGCACUAGAGCUAAUAUCCUUAUGAAUUUAGAAAACUAGUUGGAAUCAUGUAGUAAUUCUUGGAGACAAUUAUUUUUCACGACACGAUCAUUUUUCAUGAUAGCAAUGGCCAGUGCUGCACCUUCCAGCUGCCUCUGAAGGCGCUGGACAGAGCCCAGAGGACGCCCCGCCCACCAUGGGGCGGCAAGUGAGCAGAACCACAUUUCCCAGAAGGCAGCGCAGCAGGCGGUCGGGGCUGGGCUCCAGCCCUGGCUCAGAGGGUGGCGUCGCUUCCACAGCCUCCGCUCCGCUCCGCCCCGCCCUGAGUCACUCAGGGUCCCAGCCACCGCCCCCUGGUCGGGCUGAACGUCCUGGUGACCAGCCCUGCCCAUCCCCAAGCAGAAGGGGCCUGGAGGAGGAGGAGGAGAUGGCCCCCGUGUUCCCGGCAGCCGGUGCCCACCAGGGCUCUGUGACAUUCGGGGACGUGGCCGUGGACUUCUCCCAGGAUGAGUGGGGGCACCUGGACCCUGCUCAGAAGGAGCUGUACCGUGAGGUGAUGCUGGAGAACUAUGGGAACCUGGUGUGCCUGGGACUUGCAGUUUCCAAACCUCAUGUGAUCGAGCAGUUGGAGCGAGGGGAAGUGCCUUGGCUGCCACGGGGAGCUGUCCCAAGGAGCUGUGGUCCAGGUUGGGAGGCUGAGCCUGAAGUCAAAGAGGCAGCUCUAAAGUGUGGCCUUUCUAGGGAAAAAUUGUCUGAGGAAAUGCUCGUGAAAGUUGGUGAUUGUGUCUUCCAGUUAAGAGAAACCUGCAGAUUUGUAGCCAGAUCAGAAAAGCAGCAGAGCAAUGAGGAGAAUCCUUUUCAGCCCACAACAUUCACCCAGAAGGAGCCUCCCUAUGGAGAGCAAGACUUUGAAUACCAUAACAGUGGUGGAAGCUCCAGUCUAGGGCCGAGCCUUUUCCCACAGCCCGGACGUGUAAGUGUGAAGACUCUGUGUGAAUGUGCCACAAAUCAAAGGCACUUUACUGCAUGUUCAGAUCUUCCAAAAAGUAAUAGAACUUGCUCAGAGGAGGAAUUGUCUAAUUAUCAUGAAUCCAGAGAUGCCUUUAAUUAUGAUUCAGACAUUAAUGGAAAUAGAUUACAUUCUAAAGGGAAACCUCAUGAAUAUAAUGAAUGUGGGAAGGCCUUCCACCUGACCUCACAGUUUAUACAACACCAAAAAUUUCCUACUGAACAGGGAUCCUGUGCACGAAGGAACAUGUUGAGCUCGUCCAGAAACUUUACUGCCCAUCAGAGAAUUCACAUUGGAGAGACACCAUAUGAAUGUAAGGAAUGUGGGAAGACAUUCGGUCAGAGUAGAAACCUUACUCUCCAUAGGAGAAUCCACACUAGAGAGAAACCUUAUGAAUGUAAGGACUGUGGGAAGUUCUUCCGACAGAAGGCACAUCUUAUUGUACAUCAGAGGAGUCAUACUGGAGAGAAACCUUAUGAAUGUAAUGAAUGUGGGAAGUUCUUCCAACAAAAGGCACAUCUUAUUGUACAUGAGAGGAGUCACACUGGAGAGAAACCAUACGAAUGUAAGGAAUGUGGGAAGUUCUUCCGACAAAAGGCACACAUUAUUGUACAUCGUAGGAGUCAUACUGGAGAGAAACCUUAUGAAUGUAAUGAAUGUGGGAAGUUCUUCCGCCGGGGUACACAUCUUGUUCUCCAUCAAAGAAUUCACACUGGAGAAAAACCAUAUAAAUGUAAAGAAUGUGGGAAGGUCUUUAGCCAAAGCAAUACACUUAGCCUUCAUCAGAGAAUUCACACUGGAGAGAAGCCAUAUGAAUGUAAUGAAUGUGGGAAGGACUUCAGUGACUGGUCAAACCUUAUUCAGCAUCAGAGAAUUCAUACUGGAGAGAAACCUUAUUACUGUCAUGAAUGUGAGAAGGCCUUCAGUCACAGUGGAGAUCUUACUCUGCAUCAGAGAAUUCACACUGGAGAGAAACCAUAUGUUUGUAGUGAAUGUGGGAAGACUUUUCGCCAGAGUUCAGCCCUCACUCAACAUCAAAGAAUUCAUAGUGGAGAGAAACCUUACGAAUGUAAUGAAUGUGAGAAAGCCUUCAGCCGGAGUAGAGACCUUACACUUCAUCAGAGAAUUCACACUGGAGAAAAACCAUAUGAAUGUAGUGAAUGUGGGAAGUUUUUCCGCCAGAGCGCACACCUUAUUCGACAUCAGAGAAUUCAUACUGGAGAAAAACCCUAUGAGUGUAUUGAAUGUGGGAAGGCCUUCUGCCAGAGUUCAUACCUUACUAGACAUCAGGUAACUCAUACAAGGGAGAAAUCUUAUCAAUGAAAUGAAUGUGAGAAGGCUUUUAGCUACAGCCAAAAUCUUAUCCUCCAUCAGACAAUCCACUUUGAAGAGAAAUCAUAUGAACGUAACAAAUAUGGGAAGUUUGUCAGAGUACACACUUUGUUCAACAUUACAGAUUUCAUGCUGGAGAGAAAACAUAUGAAUGUACUGAAUAUAGGAAGACCUGUCCAAGCUGAGGCCUUAUUCAAUACCACAGAAUGGAUACUAGGCAGAAACUCUAUAAAAGUAAUAACUGUGGGAAGACAUUCCUGCCUGAGAUGAGAACGUAUUCAUUCAACCAUAUAUUCAUUUUAGUGAAAACCUUAUGAAUGUAAUGAAUGAGUGAAUGUGUUCUGUCAGAAUAUAUACCUUUCCAUCAGAAAGUUUACACUAAAAUUUACACUUUACCUUAUAAAGGUAAUGGAUGUAGGAAUGCCUUUUGACUGCUAACACGUCUUACUCACCAUCAGAGACAGGAAUGUAACUGAACAUUUUAGAUCAUGACAUGUUUAGUUGAGUACAAAUAAAGUUUGAAAUCCUCAACUUUAGCCAGACAUUGUGAUCCUGCUUUUCAGGAAAGGGAACAUGGGGAGAGGAUUAGGCUCAGGGACCUUGUCAGUUCAUACAGAGUGAGAAGCAUGAGGGACCUCAGCAGCUGUGGACCCCAGCCCACUCACAGAAGGAGCCCUGUUGAUAAUGGUUGUCCUGUCUUCUGCGUGAAGAUCUCCAGGGAGGAUGAAAGCACAUGUUCCAGUGACACAGACACCACAAAGACCUUCCAUCAUCCCGCUGGCCUCCUCUGGACACACCAGUGAUCAUUGUUCUUCAACAGUGAUGUCCAGAACUGAACAGAGUACUUCUCAGAUAAGAUCUGAUGGCUGUGGGUUAGUAGGACACCAUCAUCUCCCUGUUCUUGGGAACUGUACUCUUAUUGGAAGGAAAUGAGUAUUUAUUAAGUGCCUCCUAUUUUCCAGGCACAGUGCUAAGCACUUUACAAAUAU